UAAAUGUGCGGCUGACUGUAGAUUUUGUAGACAAGGAGCACUGGGAACCGAUGCUCGGUAUCUGUUCUCCCACCAUAAUUUACAGCAGCCAAGUUUGUAUACGUGAGGCCUGGUGUUUCGACUGGUUGAACCACGGGGACGCCGCUGUAAUCAACAAGGCUGCACUCGAGCGCCGCUCGCCGGGGACGUUUCGGAAUGGGCAGCGGCGAUUGCGUCCUUUAUCAAAUCCACCGUUUCUCAUGUGACCAUAGAUUAGUUGGAUUGGGCACUCUGCGGUUCAGCGCGAUAAUACUCUCCACACGUGCAUUUCCCAUGUGUAAUCAACCAUUUGUUGCAGUGUUUCUCCUUGAACCUUCGAUGCUUACGCGCGAAUUGUGGAUGUCUCACCUGAUGGAAAGAGAAGCAUUAGCAGCCAAAUAUUGUCGAAAACGGAAGCCUUGGGCAGAAUUCGAUCAGGAGGUAUUUGAUGUUUUCAAACAACACGGGUUUUAUUCAGUCAGUAUACAAGAUGGGAGCGAAAAGGAAAUGAAAGUCGCUUUUAAAUGUGACUUGCAUCAUGAAGCUCUUGCUUAUCAGGACACCGAAAGCCAUUUUGAAGCUACCGACCAGUAUACCCGCAUUUGCCGCGUGGUUCCUGUACAUAUUGUGUUCGGAACCAUUCAUGAUUACGUUCCAUCUUAUUUCCAUGACUGCAUGACAGACGUCUCCCAGGGAAGAUGUCCAGCGUCUGUGAAAAGGGUCCCCGGAGCUGGCCAUAAUAUUCUUCAACAAACUCCCGAAGCACUUGCAGGAGCAGUAUCUAUCGGCCUGAAUUUAAUCAUGAAGAAUUUGACCUCGCAUCUCCUACAUAGACUGUGAUCGUUAAUAAAAUACCCAUUUUUUUUGAAUGUCUGUUUAUCGUCCUGUGGGGCGGGGCCCGAUGAUGGACACUACGUACACUAUAGGACUUCGUUGUGUAUAUCUAUCGUAUGUA